UUCGAGGCUUUAAGUGAUAUUCUUUUCAUUAAUCUCACCACACAAUGUUGAAACAUAUAAAACAUGUUCUGGAACAUGACACUGCCGCCGACAAGCUUCGCCGCAGAUCAUUGCAUUUCGAAAACAAUAAAACAGACAAUCAUGGAUCACCGGUUACUCCGCUUCAGACUCCGCCGAGUGGACUCACCUCCGCGGCUACCACUACUAGCACUAGUAGCUUCAGUUCUAGCUCUUCUGAUUCGGUUAAGGCUCAUCGUGGUGGACAUGCUCUUGUUCCGACAAAACCCGAUUCCCGCCGGUCAAAUCCCUCCGCCGCUAAAUCUGCGACUAACAAUCCCGCCGCCGCUCAAUUGAGCAUAACAUCCGCCGCGCAAACUUCUAAGUCCGCCGCUAAAUUUGGUAAGUCGACGGUUUCCUCCGCCGCACAUCGGAGGUCGAGUAGUGCCUCCGCCGGAGCUAAAGUCAGGUCCAACAGUAACAUCCCAAAGACAGCAACUCGGAGCUCUUUAGCGUCAGACACAACUUUGGCUACAGUUAAACAACCGGGUAAAAACUCCACUACGCCGCCGUCGCCGCCGGUGAAAAUCCUCCCCGGCGGGAAUCUUUUCCCGUCCGGGAAGGUUCAUCUGACCGGGAUGACUCAAGGAGUCUCCAAAAGCAUGGUAGUACUUGGACCAGGAGGUUCCAAAUCGUACGGAUACGGCAGCGUUGUCAAAGGAAACACCUGUUCUCCGACAGCAACGUCAGUUUCUUCCUCCGCCUCACUUGUAAUCCCCCGUGACGGUGGCUCCGAGGAAGAUACGUCGUGGCAGAGAGUGAUGAAUAGUCAUAAUCCAGAAGAAGCAAAGAGACUUGGUAACGAGAUGUUUAAGAAAGGUUCUUUCGGUUUGGCUUUGAAGUUUUACGACAGAGCAUUAGAACUCUCACCGACCAAUGCGACUUACCAUAGCAAUAGAGCAGCUGCACUGUCUGGUCUUGGUCGGAUUGGUGAAGCUGUGAUUGAGUGUGAACAAGCUAUUCAGUUGGAUCCGAAUCUUGCUAGGGCUCAUCACCGUUUAGCUACACUGCUUAUUAGAUUAGGUCAAGUUGAUAAAGCAGGGAAGCACUUGUUCUCUGUGGAGGAACCAUCAGAUCCUAUGGUGGUGAAGAUGCUUCAACAAGUUGAUAGACACUUGAACAAAUGUGUUGAUGCAAGGAGACGUGGUUUAUGGAAUGUUGUUUUGACACAAGUAAGUGCAGCAACGGAGUCUGGAGCUGAUUUGUCUCCUCAGCUAGCUAUGUGUAAAGUUGAAGCAUUACUGAAACUCCAACGGCUUGAUGAGGCUCAAACAACACUUGCAUCAGCUCCCAACAUGGAAUUAUUACCAGCAUCUUUCUUAAAGAUUCGGUUUUUCGAUAUGAUCUCCCAAGCUUACAUAUAUUUUGUCAAAUCUCAGAUUGAGUUGGCUCUAGGAAGGUUUGAAAACGCAGUUACAUUUGUAGAGAAAGCUUCAGAGAUCGAUCCACGAAACAGUGAGAUUAAAACAUUGAAUAGAAACGUUAGAUUGGUCGUUAAGGCGCGUGAACGCGGUAACGAACUUUAUGAAUCAGAAAGAUACACAGAAGCAGGCGCAGCUUAUACAGAAGGCCUCAAGUUUGAUCCAUACAACGCUACUCUAUUAGGUCACAGAGCAGAGUGUUUCUUUAAAGUUGGGUUUUGGGAGAGCUCUAUAGAAGACUGUAACCAUGCAUUGCUCAUUCUACCUAGUUGCAUAAAGAUUCUUCGUCAAAGGGCUGCAUCAUACAGCAAGCUGGAGAGAUGGGAUGAAGCAGUGAACGAUUAUGAAACUUUGAGAAAGGAACUAUCUUACGACAGAGAAAUAGCUGAAUCUUUGUUUCACGCUCAAGUUGCAUUGAAGAGAUCUCGUGGAGGAGUGGUUCUAAAUAUGGAGUUUGGAUGUGAAGUUGAGGAGAUUUCUAGCCUUCAAGAGUUCAAAGCUGCAUUGACCCGACCCGGAGUUUCUGUUGUACUUCUUAUGAAAAUCUCUGACCGACAAUGCAAAGAGAUGUCUGUUUUCAUGGAUGCAUUAUGUAUCCGUUACCCAUCUCUACAUUUCCUCAAGGUGGAGAUAGAGAAUUGUCCAGCAGUGGGGGAUGCAGAGAAAGUGAGAGUUGUGCCAACCUUCAAGAUUUACAAACUUGGUGUUAGGAUGAAGGAGAUUGUAUGCCCAAGCAAGGAAGCACUUGAGAGUUCAGUGAGGCACUAUAGCCUUUAGCAACAAGUUACUGUGUUCAUUAGAAAAUGAGGAAAACUUGUCAAUAAUCUCUCAAGAGUCUAGAGAAAUAGGUUUAGAUAUUUGAUUCAUUCAUUGCUCUGUUUAGGAGUCAUUUGCACAUAGAGAAUUUUUUGUUACAUAAAGGUGAUUAAACCAUAGAAAAUAAACAGAGAGAGAGAGAGACAUUCAUUCAUGUUUUGUAAACAUUCGUUGUUCUUGUCUAUGUUUUUUCCUCUAAACAGAAUGGUUAAGGACGCGUGAUUCACACUCGCUCCUCACAUGCAUCUUUACCAUUUAUAUAGACGGAAGUACGUGCCGAAUGUUUUAAAUAAAACAAA